AUGUCUGUCUGGAACCCCGAUAAUAUCCGCGACGUGGCUGAGUCCGUCGGUAUCCUCAACCUCAAUCACGAUGUGACCGAGAACCUGGCUCGGGAUGUUGAAUACCGAAUCGCACAGGUGCUUGAGGAAGCACUGAAAGCCAUGCGCCAUGGAAGACGGACGAUCCUCACCACUCAGGACAUCGCGCUGGCUUUGCGCAAUCUCGAUGUGGAGCCACUGUAUGGCUACGACUCAACCCGCCCGCUGAAAUUCGGCGAAGCGUCUCUGGGGCCUGGCCAACCAUUGUUCUACGUUGAAGACGAGGAGGUGGAUUUUGAGAAGUUGAUCAACGCGCCCCUGCCAAAGGUUCCCCGCGAGGUCUCUUUCACUGCACAUUGGUCGGCCGUUGAAGGUGUUCAGCCAUCGAUUCCCCAGAACCCCACCGCUGCCGAUUCUCGCAACCUCGAACUCGUCUCUAAGGGUCCGAAUGCCAAUCCCACACUGGGAGCAAUGAGUGGUACCACUGACGUGGCCGUUAAGCCACUUGUCAAGCAUGUGCUCUCAAGGGAACUUCAACUCUACUUUGAAAAGGUCUGUAGUGCUUUCCUGGAUGAAGCCAGCGAAGAUUAUCGUACAUCUGGAUAUUCCAGCCUUCGCGAGGACCCCGGUCUGCACCAGCUGGUGCCAUACUUUAUCCAGUUCAUCGCCGAGAAGGUCACGCACAGCCUCAAGAAUAUCUUUGUUCUUACCCAAGUGAUGCAUAUGGCCGAGGCUUUGGUCCAGAAUAAGUCCCUUUACGUGGAUCCUUAUAUUGCAUCCCUCGUCCCACCCAUUCUCACGUGCCUAAUUGGUCGCCAGCUUGGUGAAAACUCCGACCUCGCAGAGUCUUUCGCCCUCCGUGAUUUGGCCGCUUCUCUCCUCAGUCUGAUCGCCAAAAAGUACUCCCAUUCCUCUCACAUGCUCAAGCCCCGACUUGUGCGCUCCUGUCUCAAGACCUUCCUCGACCCCUCCAAGCCCUUUGGUGCCCACUACGGUGCCAUUAUUGGCCUGCAGUCCGUUGGAGGCUCUGAGGUAGUCCGGGUUCUCAUCAUUCCCAACCUGCACGAAUACACCAAACUUCUUAACGAUGGCCUGGAAGAUAUUGCGCGUCGACCGGCUGCAGAGCGAGUGCUGAACGCAGUCGUGGCUGUAUUGGCCUCGCUGCGUAGCAGCCAGCAGUCCUUGACCAAUGGCCACACCGUGACGGACGACCUUCGUGCCCGCCUGGUUGACAAGGUUGGUGAGAUCAUUGCGGCAAGAAUCGUGGAGGCUGGAGAGAUACAGUUGAUGCAUAUAAUUCUCGAGUCCUGA